CACGCCCGAUUCGGGUCACGCCCGGUUCAGGUCACGCCCGCUAGCAGGACGAGCUUCGUCUUGCUAGGCUUUCAUUCGACCACUACUACCAUGCGUUUACAACGCAUAGGGUAGAAAACAGCAACAAGUUAUUCUCGUUUGUGUCGAUCUGCUUUGCUCCACAAAGAAUACUUGCAUUGCGGAUUCAUUCCAGUAAGAGGCGCUAGUUAGCCAUUUUGUUUUGUCUUAGUUUGCUUGAGCUAGCCAAAUCUCAUCCACCGUGUGCUGAUAACUUUGUCCCGCCGUCAUGCCGGAGUUCAUGGACGACCCGUCGCAGCUCACCAAGGAUAAACUGAAGAGUGAGCUGCUGGCCCACAACGUGGAGCUACCCAGCGGCAACCACACUAAAGACGUGUACGUGCAGCUUUAUUUGAAGAACUUGACCGCCCAGAACAAGCAGCACGCGGCGGCCACUACUUUGGACGCGUUCUCCAGCGACGAGGAGCUGCCCCCGCCCGUUGUCUCCAACAGAAGUAGAUCCUCCGGCAAAAAAGCCCCCCGGAAAACUGACAAGGUCCUGCCGAUUGAGCUGGACGUGACUACGCUGACUGACGAAGUUCUGAGGGAGGAACUGCUCAAACAUGGAGUGCAUGCUGGCCCGAUUGUAGCAUCCACUCGUCAGCUGUACGAGAAGAAGCUGCAGAAGGUCCUUGAUGACAGUCCUGCGCAGGCAACAAUAACAAAGAUAGUGGUCACAGAGAUCCAAGUCAACCACAAUGGCAACUCUGAAUCAGAACUCUACAGUGACAAGGAGGAUGAUGUGAUAGCAGAACCUGAGCCAGAACCAGUUCCCGUGGUGGAGAAGCCUGUUAGAAGCAGAGGGAAGACUCCAGUCACAACCCGUACCCGCAGCAGCCAGCACAAGGCGGUGGAGAAGAUAGCAGCCAGUGACGAAACCCCCAAAGCGGUCGAGAAGGAUGUUCUGAAGGAGCUGUAUCCCAAUGAUGUCAACAGUCCACUAGGAAUCACGGCGACUUGCAGACGACCUAUCCGUGGAGCUGCCGGACGCCCCGUGACCUCCCUUGAUCUCUGGAAUGAUGAAAACUCCUACUUUUCUCCCAAACCUGCCAGAAGCAUCAGCAACUCCACCUCUUCCUCCUACAUAGAGAGCCGCAUUAUCAACAGAGUCAACAGCCCUCCAACUUUCUCCCCCCCCACUUUCAAGUCCUUGCCAAGCACCGCCAAGCUCCUGUCUGCGACGCCCCCUGCUGGUCCAACCAAAGUAGCACGCCCGGGCAUGUCUUGGUGGAAAAAGGUGCUCCUAAUGGCCAUAGGGGCUGCGUUCCUGUUCUUUGUUUACCAAGCAAUGGAAACAAACACCAUCAACCCGUUUUCAGCAGAAAACUCAGAGGUGGUGAGUGGGAGCAAAGCAUAAAAGUUCACCACAUGGCAAAAGGACAGUCUACUCAUAAUUCAUUUUUCUGUGAAUCACCAAUAUAGUCUUUUUUAUGGCUAUAAUAUACAAAAACAUAAAAACAGUAGCUAAUUAUUUGUCUUUUUUGUAUUGCAUUAUUGCAUGGUGUGAGUGAAUUUAGUUUUUUAACUACCUUAGUCAUUAACAGUCUUGAAGAUGGAGUUUGAAACUGUGUGUUGUUUGGUUUUUUUAACCUGUCCGUCUUUCUUGAUGAUGAGAAGGCUUUUUGUUAUCCAAAUACUUUUCAAUUGUAAGCCUUAGCAAUAUUUUUCUGAAAUGGUUUCUUAUGAUAAAAUGCCAGAUUCUACCCAAUUAUGCAUUCAUGUCACAAUAUUUUGAAUAUAUUCCCAAUAAACUAUGAAUAUGGGAUUGUGUUUGUGUA